AUGUAUUGCAUGUCCAAAUAUGAGGCGAAUCAAUACAAGAUUGAAGAUUAUAAUGCAGCUACCACUGAGAUGCUGGACGACAGACUCAGAGUUGAUGAUUUUUUCUGCUCAUUUAAAGCUGGAAUUAUUGACAUGGUUGAAUGCUACACUAAAGCGCCAUCCAAUACUUCAAGCGCACCAUCACAGCAAAACAUUCGUGACUCAAUGAAGCUGCAUUCCAAAGUCCAUUCCGGCUCCCAUAUUUAAUAGAAAUUUGCAAAACUGGAUAUCAUUCCUUAACAUAUUCAAUACCAUGUUCAAUCACAACCUAGGAUUGACUCUUAUCUCUAUAAGAGCUACAAAAACAAGUCGCUCAUUAUCCAGUCCCACGUACUUUCACUGUUUCAAACACCCCUAGUAAACGAGCCUGUUGUCACUGAACUAAGACAGUUGCAUCACCAUGUCUCAUCACAAGUAAAUGCUCUAAAGAUCCUUGGUCAACCCGUCAAUGAAUAUGAUGCAUGGCUGGUUACCCUGUUGUGCUGCAGGUAUCCACUGCAGGGAAAUGAAAGCUAUUGCAGUAAACUAAAUUCCUAAAUCUUCUAAAUCUUCCUAAAUUUAGUGAUCUAGAAAAAUUCUAGGCUAACCAGGUGUCUGCAUAUGAAGUUGGUAAAGUAGAUAACCAGUCAGUCAACUUAGCUCAAUUAGUUGUCUACUGGUGGUCAUCUAACUCAAAAAAGAGAUUAUUUGCCAAUCAAACUGACUGUAUUGCUUUUAAGGAAAAAUAAUGUAUAAUACGUCCUGAUCAUCAUCAGUUAUCAAUGAGUGAAAAUUACAAUAAAAUGUCAUUGCUUGAGUGUCAAGAUGAGGUUUUCAUAAACAAGUUAUGUUAUAACUCUGUAUCCUAGUCAUCAAGUCCGUCAGUGUCGUGACGGUAAUUGUAAUAAAUGCAAGAAAUGGCACAACACUAAGCUACACAGCGAUGCACCAUUCUACCCUUCAGUUUCAGUACCACAGAGCCAACCUAUUAUAACUUAUAUUGGAUUAGGCAACAACAACUCUACUGCACCAAACCAAAUAAUUCUAGCUACUAUACUGGUCAAUCUAACAAACACAGCUGGGCAUCAUAUUCAGUGUAGUGUCAUCUUAGACUCUGGUUCUCAAGUCUGUCUGAUAACUAAGGAGUGUGCAACUAGAUUAAAUAUUAGUGUAUUGUUAAAAACUUACUGUUCAUAACUAGCAUUGGUUCUGUAAUUGCCAAAACAAGCACUAUGAUAAGCACCGCAAUAAGUUCAAAAUUUAAAGACUUUGAAGCAUUCAUCAACUUCCAUAAAAUUGAUUCAAUCACCAAGAACUUGCCCUCUAAUCACAUUAACAUGGAACUACUACUUAUUUCGCAUACUAUUGGUAGCCAUUUAGCUGAUCCUCAUUUUAGUAAACCUACUAAAAUUGAUAUCCUUCUUUGAAUUAUUAAUUGGUGAAAAUUUGAAAAUCAGUUCGCUUAUCGCUCUUCACAAUACCAAUCUUGGUUGAAUAUUUACCGAAUCUGAUCAAAUUCAUAAUACACAGCCGAUAUCAAUAAAUUUACUUCUACAUCACUGCGAUCAAUCAGCUAUAGCUUUUGUUGCUCAGUCCUGCUCAAAUAAUUUCUCUUCAGAGUCUAAAGCUGAAGAUCAUUUAAUCAUAACGUGUCUCAUGUCAAUCUUGGUCGCUUUGUUGUAAGAAUACUGUUUAUUCAAGAUCCAUCAGUUUUAGGCAAAUCAAGAUUUCUAGCGCUUUUACAAUCUUGAACGAAAAUUGCUAAAAAUGAACCAUUACUUGCGUCAGAUUACAAGGAGUUCAUAAACUUGUACCUUGAAGUGGCCCAUAUGAAGGUUACUAGAAAUACUGAUGGCCCCCACGUACUACCUUCAUUCAGUGUUCAAAUUCAACAACUUGACUACAAAAAUGCGUAUGGUAUUUGAUGGCUCUGCUACAACUAAGUCUGGUCACAGACUCAAUAAAAUUCUAUUAUGUAAACCAACUGUGCUACCUGACUUAAUCUCUAUAAUUUUAAGAUUUUGAAUUCAUAAAAUUGCCCUUACUGCUGACAUAGCGAAAAUGUACAGGCAAAUAAAGUUGUCUUUUGAAGACUGUGACAUGCAAAGAAUAUGCUACAGAGCAAGUCCAGCAGAGUCAUUGAAAGACUAUAGACUGCUGAUUGUGACCUACGGUACCAGGGCUGCUUCAUUUUCUACCACUCUCUACCACUACUCGAGUUAAGUUAUAGUAUUAGCAAUCAUGCAACUCAGCGUGCUAUAAGACAAAAGACUGUUAUGUUAACGACUAGUUAAGUGGUGGUUAAGACGAGGCAGAGUGUUAUGAACUUUAUCAAAAUCUAUGUUAUGAACUUAACAGGGAUAGCUUAGCCCUUCAGAAGUGGUUUCAGAAGAAGUUCUUUUCGAAUGACUAAAAGAACACUGCUUUUAAAUAUAAACAGUGUAUAUGAUCCAGCAGGAUUCUUAACGCCUGCUUUAAUUCAUGAACAAUUUUGUAUGCUACAGUUGUGGACUUUAAAAUUAAACUGGGACACAUCAUUAUUAGAAGCAUUGCAAACCAAGUGGACAAAUUUCUGUUAG